CCGCUCCUCGGCCCCAGCACGAUCGUUCCGCCGGAGGCGGGUGUGGGGCCGGCCCGAGGGCGCUGAGAGCGCGGGGCGGGGCAGGGGCACGGCCCCUUUAAGAGCGGCGCCGCCAUGAUCUGCCUGGUGCUGGGCCUCUUCGCCGGGCUCUUCCAUAGUGCCUGCAGCGGGGCCAAUGAACGCACCUUCGUGGCCAUCAAACCAGACGGGGUCCAGCGACACCUGGUCGGGGAGAUCAUCCGGCGGUUCGAGAGGAAGGGCCUGCAGCUGGUGGGGCUGAAGCUGCUGCAGGCCUCAGAGGAGCUGCUGAAAGAGCACUACAUCGCGCUUCGUGACCGUCCCUUCUACAGCCGGCUGGUGAAGUACAUGAGCUCUGGGCCUGUCGUGGCCAUGGUCUGGCAGGGCCUGGAUGUGGUCAAGACAGUUCGCAUGAUGAUUGGGGAGACAGACCCAGCCGAAUCCAGGCCUGGCACCAUCCGAGGAGACUUCUGCGUUGAAGUCAGCAAGAAUGUGAUCCAUGGCAGUGACUCGGUUGAGAGUGCCCGACAGGAGAUCUCCCUCUGGUUCCGCCCAGAGGAGCUGACUUGCUGGGAGGACACAGCUGAGCACUGGAUCUAUGCGUGAGAAGCACGGCCUUAGGGCAGUAUGUGUUCCUGAGUGGGCACGGGGCGUUUCCAUCCAUUUCAUUGCAGCUGCCUGGGCUGGUUGUGGAUCCUGCUGCAGCAUCAUGUGCUGUGGGAGUGUCAGUUCUGUGUGUGUGGAUGGAGGGGUUCUGGGAGCUGGUCUCUGUGUGUAACCCUGUGGUUCAGCUCCCUGCAAUAGCAGCUAUUUCUUUUUUUCUCUCUCUGCUAUAGUAAGUAGUUGGUGCUUUUGCUCUGUUUGCUGCAGCAUCUUAAAUCCCAAAUAGCUCAAGUUGAUUUAUUGAUGCGAAAACUGGGCUCUGUGCCCAUUCCUGUAUGUUCUUAGACCUACCUGGCACUGGAGAACAUGUGCUUCUCACCACUGGGAGAGAUGCAGUGGUCACUACAAAGUGAUGUGAUUGAUAUCAUCUACUUGCAUUUUCACAAGGUUCUUUACCAAGGGCUCUUAAAGAAUUCAGCUGCUAUGGAACAAGGGGGAAAGUUGCCCUGUGGGGUAGGAGCUUGUUCCAAGAGAAAGAAUGCAGGGCAGGACAAACCACUCUCUCUGCCUUGGUGGAAGUGCUGUGUGCCAGGGCUGGCACAAAUUCACCUGGCUUCAGACAUGAUUAGCGAGUCUGUGGAAGGAUGAUUCACCAAAUGCUGUUAAACGCACAGUUUUUCUUGCUCUGGUUCCUGGCUGUGGCUGCUGGGAGCACGGAAGCAUCUUCUCUGGUUCUGUGGGCCUCUGCUGCUGGCUGCCUGACCCAGCUCGGUCAUCUCAUGCUGUACCUCGAGGACUGACAUGUGCUAGUGAAGCCGCAGCACUGUGUAAACCACAGGGAUAGAAGGGAGUGAGGUGAAGAAGGAUUUGUAGACUUGGGGCUUAGGAGGACUAUUUAGUCCUCUGUUGUGCACAGUGCAUGCUGUGGAGUCCUGGCACCAAGCUCUGAGAGAUCUCAAGGUCUUUCUUAUUUGGUUGUGGAGUUUCCUGCUGGGAGGGUUUCUGGACUAGCUGGACACCACCUUGAACCUGCUGUGAGCUGCUCCUGGAACAUCAAACUCCUCUGAGCUGCGUUGUGUCUCAGCUCUCUGUGCAGCCUUGCUGGAACCUAAGGGCAGGGACAGCAACGUUGCACCUGCUGUAGAACAGGCACGGUCCACGGUCAAACCCAGGGAAUGAGGUCCCCCAGCGUUCUCCUCCGUGUAGGCUGAGACGUUUUGCCCCUGCCCUAAAAGCCUGUCUCUCUCCCCGGCUCCCCAGCUUUGCAGCUGCUGGGGAAUGAGUGCAGCUCUCCAGGGGCAGAGAGGAAAUUCACCCCUGCUCCCUGCUCUGGGCUGGCCCUGUGGCUGCUGGGGCUGAGCCAGGAAGCACCAACGCUGACACAGGAAUGAGCACUAAGGGGACAGAGCUUUUUUUCAGCUGCCCCACUGACGCAGUCAGAGCUCCUCCUGCCCUUGAGGCCUUCUCCAGGUAGCUGGUUAAAGCUCUUGAGUACGUGACAGAUUGAUUGUUCCCAUCACUCACCCAUGUGCUUUUUCAUAAUAAAUUCUGCAGUCCAAUCA